AUGAAGACGUCGCUUGAAUGCGAGCGGUCGGAGGCCGCCGAGAGUAAGGGGAGAAUAUCGUUUAGUGUGGACUCCUUGUUAGGUAGCAAGCCGGAAACUAGAGAUGCUAUCGAUGCACAAAGUAACGACGCUGAGAGUGUUGACACUGACGAUAGUGAAGUAGAUAUUGAGGAUAUUGAAUCGAAUGUGGGAGAUGAACGAGAUGAACGGGAGAGUGCGAAUGAUCCAGAUGAGAAUGAAAGCAGAAAGGUGGUGGUGCCUCAGCCCUUACUGCCAAGACUCUACCAGGGCCCAGCGCCCGCACCUUGGCCAUUUGGAGCGUUUCCCUGGAUGGCCCCUAACCCGAUGUUCCGAGCUGGAUCCCCAAAUGCAGGAGCUCCCAGCGGUCCACCCGUAGUACGGUGUCAGUUGCGAAAACACAAGCCGAAUAGAAAACCUCGAACGCCUUUUACUACACAACAGCUCUUGGCUUUAGAAAAGAAAUUUCGAGAUAAACAAUAUUUAAGUAUUGCGGAAAGGGCAGAGUUCUCGUCGUCUUUGAGGCUUACAGAGACUCAGGUUAAAAUAUGGUUUCAAAAUCGUCGCGCAAAGGCAAAGCGUUUGCAAGAGGCUGAGAUAGAAAAGUUACGACUCUCUGCGAGGCCUUUACUUCCUUCAUCGUUUGCGUUAUUUGGGGGAGGCGGGGCCCCACCGCUGUUUGCAGCCAUGGCCGCGGCCACAAGGCCCCAGCUGAGUUUCCUAGGAGGACCCCCCACACAUCAACAUGCCAUCAAUAUGAAUAUACUAAAUUCUUUACAGCCGCAU